AUGUCGCCGUUGGCAUCCGGCAGUGCGUUUGAAAUGACGCGGAAUCCCGCAGCAUCGGCCACGUACAAAACGUGGAUUGGGUGUCCUUCUGGCGAGAUAAUCUCACCCCGUGACGCCGCCGUUGGCGUCCCUGAUGGAAGCGUGAGCCUGGCCCGGGUGUGCGUACCCGAAAGCGGCGUCCCCGACGUUACUCUGCGUGUGAUACUGGGUCGCCAAGUAACCCUCGGCGUCUGCGUCGUUUGUUCCUUGGCGGUGUCCAUGGUGUGGGGCACCGAACGACGCCAACGGCGCCCUCCUGGUCCAUCUUUGGAGAGAGCGACGACGUCAUUGGCAUCAUUGGGAAUUCAAGAAGAGAAGCGGAGUUUCGGGAUGGAAGUAGCUCAGCUGCUAAUAUCUUUGCUGCAUGGUUGGGGACUGGAUCCAGACCUGGAUCGGGUUUGUCAAGCGAAACUCGGGCUUUUGCGUCCCAUGGUUCCCGUGUCAUUCGGUCUUCUAUCUCGUGGAGGGUAUAUGUCGCUGUUUCUGCCUACUUGGUUCCCUCCAGUCGUGCAGCCGGUGGAAGUGGCCGAGAACCUCCCACUCAAGGAGUACGAGGUUCUGUUGGCGAAGAAGACAGAGUUUUUCACCGCCAGAGGUCGCUGGGAACUGGCCCCUGCCAUAACCACUCACCACCUAUUGACGAUUGUCUCCGUGUCCAAUACUCUCAUGUCCAUGUCCAACGCCACAUUCCUGGGCGAGGAUCAAAAACGUGCCAGACAAAUGACGCUAAAGGAUGGAGAGGCGAUUAAUGAUAACCAAGUUAAACAAGGAUGGAGUUUGUUGACAACCUUGCAUUGCAUUUUGUUACCCGAUAUUGUCGCUGGGAAGUACAAACGCAUUCGAGUUGAAAUGCUGGCGAGACGUUGGCAAGAUCGAUGCCUCGAGGUCAGAGAAGGGGCUCAGGCGUUACUGUUGGCGGAACUGAACCGAAUCGGGCCAAAAGGCAGAAAAGCUUUAGUGGAAGCAUGGGCUCCGUUUUUGCCGACUUUUAGCGAAAUCGUUUCGUCGUCGUCUGCGCAUCAAGCGCACGGUGUUGGCAGCCAAAAUCCGACUGCUGCUUAUUCUCACGGUGCCCCUCAAUAUCACGGGCAUCAUGGACAG